CAAAAUGGCUCCUAAGCGCGUCGCUGCCUCCAACUCCUCCCGUCCUCAGAAGAGCUUCCUGAGCACCGUCUACGACGAGGCCACCAACCCGGAGAACGCCACCAUUGUCCGCAGCCUCCUGGUCUUCGGUGCCGGUGUCGCUUUCCUCCACAGCAGCCUCGGCGAGCUCCUCCUCCCUCCCAUGUAAAAUCAUUUUACACCCUGAAUCUUCUCUCGCUCGAGUCAA